ACCAACGCUCCCUGGCCGUGCUGCCUUGUAGCCAUUCCUGUUCAGAGGCGACCUGGUUCAGAGGCCGCCGUCGCCCUCCGAGGACGAGGCCGCGCCCAUGGCCGGCGUCCUGUGCGAAGGCAACCUGCGCGUGCAGACCGGCAGCCGUGCCGAGGAGAGGACAGAGCAUUCCUCAGGAGGCUCGAGGGCUUCUGAGGAGUCCCGCCACCUUCUGAGAAGGCCUUCUCAUUCUCAUGUCCCCCCUCGCUCGCCGCCAAGAAGCUGUAUGUUCAGAUGGUUAUUGCUUUCCUCCAGGUACGUGGUACUGUUUCAUAAUUGUCUGAAGUAUUACACUGUUCACGCCGACUACUUGGCCAGCCCAGAAGCGGAGAGAGGUUGCAUCGUGCUGUCGGAUAUUGUCUGUUUCGACGCCACCGAUGAGAACAUCGUACUGCACUUGAGCAGGAAAAAGAAGACACUGGGAUCGUCUCUCCCUGCGGGCUUGCGGCACUGGGCCAGUGCGCUGGAGAAGGCCGGAGUGCAGAACAAUUCCAGGAUUGUUCGCAGAUUGUUCGAUCGCGACGCUCAUCUCGAAUCCCCGGUUUCAGAAUUUGAGAGGACAGCGUCACCCCAGCGGACACAUGCCGCUAGCAACAAGGUAGAUGUUGAGGCUACUAAGACGGUUAUGUGCCAGGGUACGCUCACGUUCGUCGGACAUGAGAAAGCUCUAGAGAGACAUAUCGUUUUGUUCCGCAAGCACAUCGAGUAUUACAACAAUGCUGGCGAGUUCGAACGGGGGGAUCCUCCUCGUGGUUUUUAUCGACUCGCCAGUAUCGACAGUGUCGAUGGCGAGGAUCAGCGUUUCAAGCUUCACUUUCAGAAUCCCAGGAGAUGCGUGGAACUUCUCGCGAGCAGUGCCAGGGACGCAGAGGCCUGGCUACGGUUGCUGAGACUGCUGCUCCAUCCAAAGUGCCGUGUUUCGUUAUUUCGGGGCCAGUCCGCAGUACUGCUCCAGCCGCAGUUGGAGGAGAGGCCGGUCUUGGAGGGCACGGUUCAGGUAGUGACAAAGGGGCGGGCAGAGCCUCACCGGCUCGUCUGUUUUUUGGACCGCCUUGAGUUCUUCCACACGGGGCGCGACGCCACGGAAGCCCCUGCGCCCAGAGAAACGACGAUCUGGCCAGAGCAGGUCCUGGAGGUCGUCGUGCUGCAGGACGGCUUCCGCUUCGACCUGGACUCCGGCACCCUCACCCUCCGCCUGGACGGGCACGCCGACCUCUGCCGCUGGGCGCGGCAGCUCCGGGCCAUGUUCGCGGACCCGGCCAGGGCCUCCGCGUCGCCCGCCUCCGGGCGGCCCCGCGCCCUCUCGGCGGACCCUGGCCCGCUGCCAGGUGUGGCCGCCUCCCUGCCGGCCUCCCCGCCCGGGCGGCCCCGCGCCGCGCCGGCGGGGCCCUGCCGCGCUUCGGCUUCCGCGCCGGC